AAUCAUAUGUGAGUUACAAUCUUUCAAUAAUAAAAUCUUUUAUGGAAGAUGGAUUUUGUCAACGUAUGAAUUUAUCGCUGAUAAAAGAAUAUUUCUCAUAUAUAUAUAUAUGCAAUGCACUUAACUUUUGUUCGUGUAGCACGCGCAUUUCGAACACAAUACACAUAAUAUAUUAUCACAAUCCGAUUGGUUGUAUCACCUCCAUCACUGCUUACAAUUGGUUACAGUUAUCGAGGAAAGUCUAUUGGCUCUAAAAGUGUCAUUCCAUCUUCAUCAAUCUUCAUCAUUUUUCAGACGUAAACCAAGAAUAAAAUGGCAAAUUAGGAUUAAUAGGCUUAGUAGUUUAUUUUUUUGUUAUAUUGAGUGCCACUGAGCCAGUAUCGAAUAUUAAUAUUAUGUUCAUUCUUUUUUUUUCGAGGCAUUCAAGGUUGUGUAAUUAUCUUCUUAUUUUAAAUAAAUUACAUGAAUUAUAACAAAGGAUCUCUUUUGUGGCUAAACUAGUGUACACUUUUGAAAUUUAAAAGUGAGAUAUACGUCUGGUCGAAAGAAUAUAAGGUGAAAUACUCCCGUGGAUGCGCAGUGGGAGAGUGAAUUUGGGUCACAUUUGAUUGGCUGUUCCUGCUUAACCAGCGCUAUUAUACGCAGGAAAGUACAUAUUAGGGAACAUUUGAUUGAUUAUUUCCAGUAUUGCUAUCACCAUUAUGCGCAAUGUUUUUUAUAUUAUAUUCUUUCCACUAUAGAUAUACGUAUAACAUUUGGCGAAAACAAGAAAGAAAGUUCUAGAACUAUCUAGUGCAGAAAUGAAAAACAGUUAUAAUUCUAGUCGAGAAUAGAUUUGCUCGAUUUGCUAUUUGCUAAUUUCGAGCCUUUCUUGAAGAGGUUAAAGGCAUAAUAAAUCCAUUGCCCAGUGGAGUAACAUACCAAAAUUGUCCACAUUCACUUACAUUCAGAGCGUUCUCGACAGUAGGAAGCUUUAUUCUCGCCGGUCAAAUGCCGAAGAAUAGAAGUAGAAAUGCAUUUUUUUUCUUUAUGGCCGAUUGGAAGAAACGCGAGGAAGCGCAAGGCCGAGCGUUUCCUAAUGGAUUCAAAGACGUUCAACAGGAUCCGGAGUGUAACGCGGAAUGGCAGAGUUUAACUAAGCAAGAAAAAGGUCGUUUUGAAGCAAUGGCCAAAAAUGAUAAAAUUGCAUCCCAAAUAUCAGAUAAAGACAAGAAAACAUCAUUUGGAGAAUCACUAAUUAUGCUUCAACAAAAAGAAAAGGAAGAACAUAUGUUUAUAAAAAAUAUGCAGGAAAACAUAAAAGUAAUAAUCGACUCAGCUGUAAAUCUUAAUUUUUUGGCGGAACUGAAAUUUUGUUUUGUACAUGUUAAUUGGUAAUUUUGAGUUUUUUCAUUGAAAAACGGUAUAGAAGAUGUACAUCAUACUAUUGUCAGUGCUAAGAUUCCAUUAGGAUAUAGACGGGAAGCACUGGAGAUAAGUCAGAACAGUCAUAAAAUACCUGUAGAAUAUGAAGGCGGAGAGAUUGACUUUGCUGUUAUGUAUGACAAACUAGCAAAUUUCUUAGAAUCUAGGAAAAUUGUGGAUCAAUAUCCUUAUCUUUAUACAAAGAAGGCUUUCACACAAGUAGCACAAUCCUUGAUAGCAAGACUGUGUAAUGCAGCACAACAAGAUAAAGAGCAAUUUAAAAUUUAUGAAUUGGAGUCAUUGUUCAUACAUUUAGCAAAUGAAUUAUUCAAGAAAAGAGAAGAUCGAGAUAUGGAUUUAAUUCCUGUUUAUGCUCAUAAAAUGUUUGAAAAUUAUACGUACCGAUUUGAUAAAGGAUUUGAAUGUCAUUUUCAUAAAUAUGUUGAUGGAGGACCUGAAUACUGUAGUAAAUCUGUACUGCAACAAUGGGCAUGGACAUUAUGCGAUGAGUUUUGUGCACCACUUAAUAUCGAGAUGCAACCAGGAAUACAUCAGCCUGAUAGGUUUGACAGAAAUCCUAAUUUCAACGAGCGAAACUUGAUGUCGAUGAUGAACAACUUGCAAAUCAGGAAUGUUCCUCAAGCUACAUCUGAGAGCGAUAGAGUUUUAUCUAUGACAGGCGUAAGUGAGCAAUAUAGAUGGAACCGUUCGAGUAGAACAUAUCAAGAAGAAAUGCGUCGUCGAAAUGAAUCAAAACCAGUAGAAGUUAUUGAUUGUAGCAAAUCUCAAGAAGGUACUAGUACAUCUAAUGAUAAAUCUUCUAUUACCAAGUCUACUGACCAAUCUAAGAUGUCUAUUGAAGAAAGGACUGAAUACUUAAAUGAAAAACCAUUGCGACCUCCAAAUAUUGAUCCACGUAUGUAUAUUACUUCCGUCGAAGAUUUAAUUCCAACGGAUGAUGAGAACUUUCCUCCUAUUGGAGGAAGAGGCGUGUCGAAUAGAUCUCGUACUUUCCAAUCAAGAAAGGCGCCUCUAGGCAAAGGACAAGGACACACAUAAACAUAUUUUUGGAUGAUUAAAGGAAGCGUAUUGAUAAACCGUAAGAAAUUGACUAAUCAUAGUCGAUCAUUUUCCUUACGUAUGAUUGAUUAAUUUCUUACGGUUUGCAGCUUAUUCCGCAUAUUGUAGACGAAAUAUAACAGAUCUGACAUGUCAUUUGAUGAACUUCAACAACGAUAUUUGAUGAGCUUUACAUACACAUAAAUAUAUAACAGUCAUUUAGUUUAUAAUAGUCAUAUAUAAUAAGCAUUAGUU